GGGAGGCUGGAGGUUUUUCACAAUGGCUCAUGGGGGACAGUGUGUGAUGACUCCUGGGAUAUUAAAGAUGCUCAUGUGGUGUGCAGACAGUUGCAGUGUGGAGUGGCCCUCAGUAACCAGCAGGUACCAGCCUGGUUUGGUCCUGGUUCUGGACACAUAUGGCUGGAUGAGGUGGAGUGUGAGGGGAAUGAGACGUCCUUGUGGAGCUGCUCUUCUCCAGGCUGGGGAAAACAUGACUGUCAACACAAGGAGGAUGUAGGAGUCAUUUGCUCAGAGUUUAAAGAUAUCAGGUUAACUGAGGGCUGUGAAGGGAAUGUGGAGGUUUUCUACAAUGGAUCCUGGGGUAAUGUGUGCUGGAAUCAGAUGAACAGAGAUACAGCAAGUCUGAUCUGUCAAGAGUUGAACUGUGGAAGAUCUGGCAGUGAACCCGGUAAUUCAGAGGAACUAAAGUCUCAUAACUGGCUUGAUUAUUUUAAAUGUCGACCACAUGACUCCACUUUAUGGCAGUGUCCUUCUUCACCCUGGGGACAGAAUGUCUGUGGUAAAAAUGAAGUGGCCAAAAUUAUCUGCUCAGGUAUAACAGAUGCGUUUUACAUCAACAAACAAUAAAAGAGUAAUCGUUCAACAUUUAUGUUUUGAGAAGAUGCAUGAAAUACAUAUAUUACAAUUGUGAUUACAGAACAGGAAAGUCUUGAGUCUCCUCAAAGCUAUGCGACAUACUCCAAAUCUCUCCACCAGAAACAAUGUUCAGGUAAGUUUAUUUAAUGGAAGCAAACAUAAAAAUCAUGAAUGCUUUAGACAAUUAAGGGUGUAAUGCUAAUGUGCAGCACCAACAAGAUUUCAUCUUAUA